CUGCGCCCACUCCCUCCCAAGCCAAGCGCAGCCCUCCUGGGGCAGCUGAGGAUGGAACAGUUGGGGAGCGUCUUGCCCCCAGGAGGGGCAGUGGAUCUGUAAGUGGGGGUAGCCGGCCUCCCCCGCCCUCCAGCCCCAUGGUUAGCCAUGCCCACAACCCCAACAAGGCAGAGAUUCCUGAAUCGCGCAAAGAGGUUGCACCCACAACGCAGAUGAACACUCCUCCAGGCGUGAUGGGCCGCAGGAACACGUAUGUGUGCACAGACCGCCAUGCUUCAGAGCGCCAUUCCCUGCUCCAUAAUGGAAAGGAGAACAGCUCCACUUCUUCUCGCCCACCUGCACCAUCGCCCUCUACGCAGAGCAUUGCAGAGCGCAGCAGCCUCUCCCGAGGAUCCAAUGUCCGCAGCACUUUCCAUGGCGGCCAUGUGAGAGAUCGGAGGGGUCAGAAUCCACCCCCCAGCUCCCCCACCCAUCCUCAUGAGGGGUUAAACCAGAGUCGAUCCCGAGCCACAUCCAACCUGUUCAGCAAGCUGACCUCCAAACUGACCCGCAGGGUCGCUCUUGACCCCUCUAAGAGACAGGCGUCUCACCGCUGUGUGUCUGGAGUCUCUCUCCCUCAGGACAGCAAGAUCAGGUCACAGACGAAUCUGAGAGAGUCCGGAGACCUGAGAUCACAAGUAGCUAUAUACCUUGGUAUAAAGCGUCGGCCCACUCCGGCCUGCUCGGACCUUCCAGGGAUGUGACGAAAUCCAUCCAGCGCCCCCCCUUGAAAUCGCCAACCCCUUUGACUGCUCCCAGUGAAUCUUACCCUGUGGGAAGACCUCGGCCCUUACCAGGCAAGCUCCGCCCACUUGUCACCGUUGGGACGCUGGGACUUUAAGAAGGGGAUUUGUUCUGUGGAAGUCCAUCAGGAUGCUGCUGUAGCUUGUUAAAGCUGGGACAAGCCCCAUCGGGGGUCUGCUGAAUCUGGGGCAGCAACACCCCCCUUUCCUGUUGGGACGCCGUGCCUUUAAGAUGGACGCCUCCUUGUCUGGAUUGCUACACCUGUAGAAGUGGGAGGAUCCGUCAGCCCAUAGGACAUGCCCCUUUCGGAUGUGCCAUGCCCACCUGUCUACUGAGAGCUGUCAUGUGACCGGGGGAGGGGCGGUCAUUUGUACUCGGGGUUCUGCUGGAUCGAUAUAACUGUCCUCCCCGUCUGCCCAUCUCCGAACUUUAUAUUAGCUCCGCCCCCAACAUAAGUGCUAUAUUACUGAGUUUUCCGUCACAGGCCCGCGCCCCGUCAUGGCGUACACCCCACGUAUUAACCAGUUUACGUCCUCAUCCCUCAAAUGCCCCUCCCCUUGCGCUACCGCUCUCAUCCUCUAGGAGGGUCUGUGUAUAUAAUCUAUAUGUGCAGGUCACGCAGAGGAGCGGGGGAUGGUGCCCUGUCUGCACGGUGCCGCCCGCGCCUCCCAACCGCUAUCAAUAUGUCCUGAUUGUCUCCUUCUCAUCACAAUGUGGGGUUACUGAAUGAUGAGUGUAGUAGUCUUACAUGACUACAGAGAGCACAGCGCAGGCGGGGGGUCCGCUAGUAGAGUAGAGCGUCCGCAGUGAACCCUCCUUCCUGACAGUGUACCCCAAAACUAUUUAUUAAAGUCACCCUAUGAAACCCAUUCACCUGGAGAGUCUCU